AUGAAAGAGUUGAUCAUUGGAGCUGGUAAGAAGGCCUACACGCUUGUUAUGGGAAGACCAAACCCUGCAAAACUUGCCAACUUUCCAGAGUGCGAUGUUUUCAUUUAUGUCUCUUGUGCUCAAACUGCUCUCAUGGAUAGCAAGGAUUUCUUAGCUCCUGUUAUUACUCCUUUUGAAGCCAUGCUUGCUUUCAACAGGUAAUGUUUAGAGCAACACUUUCUAAUUAUGAUUCAAGUUCGAGUUGUUGACAGUAUGAAUUGGUUUAUUUUUUAAUGUUUAUCUGCAAUCAUUGCGUGUAAUUCUUUUGUAUCGUGGCUUUUACUUUAGUUUUUCCUAGCAAGAGGCAGUGCUUCGAUAUUCAAUAGUUUGUUUUGCAUUAGUGAUCUUCUGACCACGAGGGAUGCAACGAGAGAUAUUGAAGCAGUACUGGUAUUCAACUUAUGGCUGACAUUUAUUUGGAUUGGUCACACAUUCUACACUAAUAGCUCAAUUUUUCCAUCUGCAUAUGUUCAUUUCUACACGAAUAGAUACUACACGAAUAUGUUCAUUUCUGUUAUAAAUCUAUGUAUUUGUUUUCUCAUCUACUUCAUAACUACCACAUAGAAUUUUCUGUACUGCCCUCACUUUAAGGACUAUAUAUGAAGUCCUGGAGUCUUAUAUCUUCGAUUAAAUUUCUAACUUUUAUAUUUAUAUCUUAGGCUUUAGAAAAAGGAGUAGAAUCUUCUGAAUCUGGAAAAUACUAGAUGGAAGAAGGUAAUACGAAUGAAAGUGUCAUUUGGAAAAAUGGAUUCUGAAAGGGAAGACCUAGCAUGAUUAGAGCAGUGAGGGAUUAUAUUUUCUCGUAGAACAUUCCAGUCCAUAAAAUUAUCGGUACAUUGUACUGUGGUCUGUCAAAUAAGAAAUGGAAAAGGCUAUGCUGAAUUGUAGAGAACAUGGAAAAUUGGAGGUGACAUUUGGAAAAUUAGAUUCUGAAACUGAAGACCUAGCAUGAUUAUUGCAGUGAGGGAUGAUAUUUUCCCAUAGGACA